UGCGCCACGCCCACAUUAUGAUUCCCGCUCAGCUGUUACUGUGGGUCGCCUUCAGUUUCCACAUGGAUCCAUUCACGGAUCUGCGGGCUUGAGCGUUUGGGAAGUCGCCGUGGGAGACUCGCCACUCCACGCGUCGCUCGGAUCCGUCACCUCGUCUGUCAGUUUUGAACAACUUGUUGCGCAGCUGCUAUUCCCAACCUCCUCUGUGGUCCAUUGCUGCUGCUGCUGCUGCUGCACACAGCGGCUGAUCCUACUCAACCCCAAACAGCCGCUUUUUUUCUUUCUCUCCUGAGCUGCAGGUGAAGACGGAUGAAGAAGUGAUUUGAUCUCAGCUCAGGCGACACAGAGAUGAAGCUCGGUAUCGCGGCCUCUUUGAGCGCCUUCACCAUCUGGCGUGGGUUCUUGUGAAGUCUGGGAAGUCCUACGGUGGAUUUUUUUUUUUAAGAGUCCCAGCUUUUAAUAUGAUCAGUGAGACGGGGGAUGCGAGUCAUGAGCUGGACCCGUUGUCGCGGACUGGACUGGAGCCACAGCCUCUUCUGUCUGACUUUACUCCUGUGGACCAGAAGCAUGAGUGGAUUGGCUGACUUUUCAGACUACCUGACCAGGAUCAUUACCAGCCACUCUGCCCACGCGUGUGACGGGCAACCUCUACGGCUCCACUGUCCACGCCACUCCACCAUCUCCAUCCAGUCUGCCUUCUACGGGAGCGGCGAGGUGCAGCUUUGCGGAGUAGAUCCACACCCUUCGCUCAGGGCCCACAAUCACAGCUGCUCAGCUUUCACAGCCCUACAGAAGCUUUUGUCGGAGUGUCAGAGCCACAGAGACUGCCAGAUGCCUGUCAAUCACCUGCUAUUUGGGAAGGACCCCUGCCCCGGCACUACCAAAUACCUCCAUGUGGACUACAAGUGUAAACCUACUGAACACAAAAAACAUGUGGUGUGUGAAGGAGAGACCAUGGUCCUGCGCUGUAAGCCCCCCAGGGUGCUGAACAUCUAUGCAGCUGUCUACGGGCGAAGGCUGGGUCACACCGACACCUGCCCCUCACACCUGACAAGACCACCCCCGUUUGAGUGUCUGAACCACGAGGCCGUACACUUGGUCUCCAAGUCCUGCUACAGCAAACAGAAGUGUGCUGUUCCCGUCAGCAACCAGACCUUUAGGGACCCGUGCUUUCCAGGAACCAGGAAGUACCUCAGUGUGAUCUAUUCUUGUGCUGAUCCCAGCCAUCAGCUGCUCUUAUCCCAUCACACCCAAGAGCGCAGUAGCAGGGGAAGAUUGGACUGUGAGCAACUGAUUUUACCGCAGAGUUUACUAAGGGUGGCAGACCCCAACAUAGUAAGCCUCACCUCAUCUCCUAGCGUGGGCACAGAAAAAGAUCUGGACGAGCCCUUUCCUAAAGGCUCAAGAAGGCCUGACAACUCAGGAGCGAUGAUGAGCAACUCUCUCCUGACAUAUGCUUACAUCAAAGAGCAUCCUGAAAUGGCAGCUCUGCUGUUUACCUCCAGCGUGUGUGUUGGUCUCCUGCUCACCCUGCUGGCUGUAUCUGUUCGAGUGACCUGCAGGACACACUGGUUCAGAGAUCACAGACUUGCACCCAAACUGGGAAGCCCUACUGUUAAAUAUCAGGAAGAUGACGAGGAUGAGGAUGAUGAUGACACAGAUGAAGAAGAAGAUGACCACGAGGGAACAGGAAGAUCUUUGCUCUCAGCCACAGAAAGGAAGGCGAUAUACGGCUGGGAGGAAGUGACUUAUGUGAGCGAAGCGGCCGAGCGGGCGGAGAGGAUCGAGCGCAGAGAGAUGAUCAUGCAGGAGAUCUGGAUGAAUGCCUAUCUGAAUGGCAGCUCGUGUUAAAUAACUCAUGACCUGUGGAUGCUACUCAGCAUCUGGUGUUUUUUUCCAGCAGGUAUACUGAUCACCACCGCAAGAAGCUCCUUUUUUAACGUUGCAGUUUGUUGUGUUUUGCCAUUUUUGCGUACAAUAUGCGAAGAAAAAGUUUUCAAAAGUUUCCAUGAUCAACAAAGUUUUGUGCUGCAAAAAAGAUUUGUGUAUUUGUUUUUUUUCUACGUCUGUUGUAUUUAUCAGACUCACCACUAAAUAUGGCUUUAACAUUU